AUGCCCCCCAGUAGUGACCCCCUAGUCUCCCAAAGCUCCCACACCCUGGGGGUCGGGGGGCCCAGCGAGGGCCAUAGUGGGACGGGCCUGCAGGGCUCCCCCUCCUUCUGGAAGCCCAGUGCCCCCCGGCCAAACUGCCGCACGGUGCUCUGCUUCGGGGGGGCUGUGCUGGGGCUCCGCCGGGCCCCGGUGCUCACGGCGCUCCCCCCCUCGCAGAAAGCCAUCGACCUGGUCACCAAAGCCACCGAGGAGGACAAGGCCAAGAACUACGAGGAGGCGCUGCGGCUGUACCAGCACGCCGUGGAGUACUUCCUGCACGCCAUCAAAUAUGAGGCUCACAACGACAAGGCCAAGGAGAGCAUCAGGGCCAAGUGCAUGCAGUACCUGGACCGGGCGGAGAAGCUGAAGGAGUACCUGCGGAGCAAGGACAGGCACGGCAAGAGGCCUGUCAGGGAAGCACAGAAUGAUAACAAGGGGAGUGACAGUGACAGCGAGGGCGAGAACCCUGAGAAGAAGAAGCUGCAGGAGCAGCUGAUGGGUGCCAUCAUGAUGGAGAAGCCCAACGUGCGGUGGAGUGACGUGGCUGGGCUGGAGGCAGCCAAGGAAGCCCUGAAGGAGGCCGUGAUCCUGCCCAUCAAGUUCCCACACCUGUUCACAGGGAAGCGCACGCCCUGGCGCGGGAUCCUGCUCUUCGGGCCACCUGGCACCGGCAAGUCCUACCUGGCCAAGGCUGUGGCCACCGAGGCCAACAACUCCACCUUCUUCUCUGUGUCAUCCUCUGACCUGAUGUCGAAGUGGCUGGGGGAGAGUGAGAAGCUGGUGAAGAACCUGUUUGAGCUGGCGAGGCAGCACAAACCCUCCAUCAUCUUCAUUGAUGAGGUGGACUCGCUGUGUGGCUCCCGCAACGAGAACGAGAGUGAGGCGGCGCGGCGCAUCAAGACCGAGUUCCUGGUGCAGAUGCAAGGCGUGGGGAACAGCAGCGACGGGAUCCUGGUACUGGGUGCCACCAACAUCCCCUGGGUGCUGGACUCGGCCAUCAGGAGAAGGUUCGAGAAGAGGAUCUACAUCGCCUUGCCCGACGAGGCGGCGCGGGCCCAGAUGUUCCGGCUGCACCUGGGGAACACGCCGCACUCCCUGACGGACGCCAACAUCCAGGAGCUCGCGCGCAAGACCGAGCGCUACUCGGGGGCCGACAUCAGCAUCAUCGUGAGGGACGCCCUGAUGCAGCCCGUGCGCAAGGUGCAGUCGGCCACGCACUUCAAGAAGGUGCGCGGCCCCUCCCGCACGACGCCCGGUGCCCUCGUGGAUGAUCUCCUGACUCCAUGCUCGCCCGGUGACCCUGGGGCCAUGGAGAUGACCUGGAUGGAGGUGCCCAGUGACAAGCUGAUGGAGCCCAUUGUCUGCAUGUCAGACAUGCUGCGCUCGCUGGCCACCACCCGCCCCACCGUCAAUGACGAGGAUCUCCUCAAAGUGAAGAAAUUCACGGAGGACUUUGGACAGGAAGGUUGAGGGGGGCAUGGGGGGUGUGGGGUUUUGGGGCGGCUGCAGGCCCCGCUGUGCCCCCCCUCCCCAGCCGUGCCAAACCGAGUCAUGAUCGCUCACUCCUGCCCCACUGCACUGCAGCGCCCGGCAGGCGGGGACACGGCCCGGGGGGCUCGCACUACGGGGGUGGGUCUGAGCAUGGCCUGGGUAGCUGGGUCCCGCCCCUGGCUGCACCCCACUCUUCUUCCUGCUCUUUUUUAUUUUUUAACUUAAUGCUGCUUUGGGUUCUGUCUUGUUUAUAUGAAAAUAAAAACAAUCUGGAGAGCUUCAGCCAGUGCCCAGCCACUCCCCAAGGGCUCUGACCACAUUAGGGGGCUCAGCCCAGCCUCCCACCCCCCAAAAUGCAAUGACCCAGGGCCAAGGCCUCUGCCUGUCCCAAGGGGCUGGGGGUUCCUCACACUCCAACCAUCUCAGACAGGGAUUUGUGCCUACAGCAGGGGCUACUUGGAUGGAGCAGCCACCAGCUGAUGAUACCCGCCAGCCCACACCCCAUGUCCUCCUGUGCAGUCCCUGGGCUCCGCUCAGCCUCACUGCCCCCAGCCCCAUCCCCUGUGCUGUGCCCAGCUGCUGCCCACACCGUGACCACAAGCCCCACAGGGGAGGAUCCCCUCUUUGCCCCUCCCCUGCACAGCCUUGGCAGCAGGUUGUCACUAGACCCUCAAAGGAAUUCCCGGUGCCCCGGGGAGUGUGGGCAGGAAGGGCCAGAGGCACGCUGAGGCCACAGGUCUGUAUUGGC